AUGUGGCCAGGUAACAUUCAACACAGAGGUAAAGACCCUGAUCACCAUUACCUUCGCCCCCCCAAAAGAAAAGAUUUCUUAAAUAUUUCAGAAGUGCAAAGCGUGGAUAUUAAUAACAGUAUCCGUGUUGACUGUAUCAGCCUUGGACAAUCCAAGAUAGCAUUAUUGAAAGACACUUGGGCCAAACAUGACAAAGCAGAGCCCUACAGUCCUAAAAAUGAUAGAUUAAUAAAUCUUUUAAAAAGUGACCUGUGGAUACAGAUGAGGACAACUUACAAAUAUGUCUUUGAAAAGCACAGUGACAACUACAACCGGUUCUUUCCUACAUGUCCCACUACAUUUGCUGUCUUUGACAAUUCAGCGUGUUUUCUGUGUACCGGGGCUUUAUCACAACCUUUCUAUCUGGGCCACACUAUACUUGGCAAGCUCCAAUACAUGACCGUGGAAGGAGAAAUUGUCAAGUAUAAUCUGAAAGACAGCCUCUUCAGUAAGUCUGAGAAGUGUGCAGAUUGAAGUGUCAUUUGGGAGUUAUCUGAAGAUAUGCAGCUGGCAGCUGGCCUUAAAUAAGCUGGAAUUCUUGCAGAAAAUGCAGAGGAUUCUGAAGGAAGAGUUGUAUUUAAUACAAAACAUGCACAUCUUAUUCAAGAGACCAUGUGUAAUAAUCCUCAGGAAGUGGUACAAGGCUGCUGUUCAGAUAUGGCUAUUACUUUUAAGGGACUGACACCCAAAAAGAUGAUAGUGAUGAUGUACGGUAUGCACUGGCUCAGGGUUCAUUAUUUCAACAGCACACUGGUCUUCUUGCCUCCAAACGGUUCAGAAAGUGACUGA